UACUUGCGCACUUCCCCCCAGUUCAAUGACAUCAUUGUUCGUCGAUCUUCUUGAAGCUCCAGCUGUCCCAAUCAGAAUGCUGGAUGAUGUGCUCACGCCUUCUUUUGCAAUCUGCUUUUUCUAACGGCGAAGCAGUCACAAAGGGAGUCAUUCUUGUGCCUUUUGACAUCGCAAAUUUUGGAUAUUGGCACCAGCCGGCACACUGGCACACAAACAAAACAACACCCGUCUGUUGAAUGAAUACAUGCGUCAACUUGUAGAAGCUAGCUAGCAACUAGAGCUCUAAUAAUAGCAAGCAAAGAAGAGAACCAUAACCAUGGUGUUUGGCCGCAUGAUGAACAGUCGGGCAAGGGAAGCCCCGACGAUUGUGGAAGAAGUGGUGGAGGAUGAUGAAGCUCCCGCUUGUACGUUUGAUGAUGAUGCCGAUCCUUCGAUUGAGCGUUGUUGGGCCGAUGGCGACGCCGAUGCUCUCAUGAUGAUGAAGAAUACCACGGCUGAGGUUGGCAUGAUUGCUGGAGGUGACUGGUCGAGUCAACCGUUGGUGUUGGGAGCGGCUGGAGUGGCCAUUGUCGCGGUCGUUGCCGUGCUGGGGCUCUUGCUGCGGGAAGUCAAGCUACGAAAAAAGGCACAGGCCAACGCUCCUUCUCCUGCGGCUGCUGCUAGUAGUAACACAACUACUACUAGUAGUACCAAGAGAGACGGGGGCAAGACGGUGGCUCCACCUGCCAAGGUCCAACCUCCAGGUGGACAGCAGCAGCAAAUGGCAGAGCCAGCAGUCGUCGAGUCCAGAGUCAAGGAAUUGAAACUCUGCUUGGAACGAGAAACCAAGGAAAAACAAGGACUUUCCGAGCAAAAUAACUUCUUGAAGAGCGCGUUGGAAGAACGAAAGGCAACGGUUCAAAUGUUCACCAGUGAAUUGCAGAGCCGAGAUGAACAGUUGGCCAAUUUCGAACAGGAACAAGUCAAAGUCAAGAACGAGCUGUACAAUCAGAUCGAGGCGCUCAAAAAUGAACUACAGGUCCAAGAAAAGCUACAACAGCAAAACCUUAACAAUAUGGAUGGACAAUGUGCCGACUUGGCAGGAAAGGUGGAAGGACUCAUGAAAGAACUGGCCAAUCGUGAAGAACAGUGGGAAAAGUUCGAAAAGGAUGCCAAGGCAAAGGAAGUCGAUUCGGCCACGCAGAUUGAAGCCAUCAAGAAAGAGUUUGCCGCCAGGGAACAGUCACAAAAGGUUACAUUGACUACCAAGGACAAGGAAUGCGCAGAGCUAAGUGCUAAACUCGAAGCUUUGAAAAAGGACAUGAACUCUAGUGAACAACAAGUCAAAGUGUUCCAGCAACAGCGGGCCAAGUGGGGUGUCGCCACAAAUGAAAUGAAACGAUUGCUCAAGGAAAAGAGAGAAGAGAUCGUGGGCCUCACCACACGCAUGGAACUCUUCUUGGGAGAGUUGCAAUCCAGGGAAGAACGGGUCAAGUCACUCGGGCAGAAAAUGGCAGACAAGUCGGACUUGACGUCGGCCGAUCUAGAGUCGCUACACAAACAGUUGCAAGCUCAAAAAGAAGACCACGAGGAUUGGAGUGCCAAGACGUUGGAAAUUGGUCGCUUGUUGGGAGAACGGGAAGAAGAAAGUCGCGAGCUAGCCAGCAAGCUCGAAAAAAUUACUUUGGAACUGCAAAGCACAUCCGAUAAGGUCGUGGAACUCGAAGCCAAAGUGCAAAACAAGGAGUUCGUCAUUGCCUCCAACAAGGAAAAGCUGGAAAAGGCUCUAGUGGAUGAAAAAGGUCAACGUGCCACGUGGUUUGACCAGCAUGUGAAGAUGAGUCGACUCUUGAAGGAACGACAAGAAGAAUGUGCCAGUCUCACUGCCAGAGUGGAGAUUUUCGCGGCGGAACUCAAGUCUCGUGAGAAGAUUGUGCAGAAUCUCGAGGUCAAGGUGCAAGACAAAGCAAACAUCGUUGUGGGAUCUCUGCAGGCAUUGGGAAGGGAAGUGCAAGGAGCCCAAGCAUUCCGCGAUACCUGGAGCGCUUCUACCAAGGGAAUCCUUGCACAGCUCGAGGAGAGAAAGGAGCAAGUCGUAGGCCUUUCCACACGGGUGGAUUUAUUCCAGUUAGAGCUGAAGAAACGGGAAGAGCGAGUUGAGAAAUUGGAAUCGGUACUCGAGGGAGAAGAGAACAGCACAAACGCGACACUAGCACCAUACCGCAGUCAAUUAAAGGCUCAUCAGGAUGAUUUGUCUAAAUGGACCGACAAUACCAACGAAAUCAGACAAUUGUUGAAGGAUCGAAAGAAUGAAUGUGUUGGCCUGGCAACUCGUCUUUCGCUCUUCAAGAAAAAAGUCUCCGAGUUCGAAGAAAAUGUUGGCGUCGUUUCAAAGAAAGUUGAUGCCAAGGAAGGAAGCUACACCAGCGAUCUGUCUCCUUUGAGGGAGCAGCUUCGGCAGCAACAGAUGGAACGCGAAAAAUGGAACACCCAAACAAUCGACAUUGGAAAACAGCUGCAGGACCGUCAAACACAGUGUGUUGGCCUCACCACUCGCUGUACCUUGUUCAAACAGCAGACCAAGUACCACCAAGACCAAGUCAUAGCUCUCACAGCAAAGGUGAAUGAAUUGGAGGAAAGGUUUGCUUUGAAAUUGGAGCCUCUCAGGAAAGAACUUGGAGUGCAACGUCAGGGCCUAGACAGCUGGAGAGAAAGCACGCGAAAUGUCGAAGAACUCCUGAAACAAGCAGAGCAGGACUGUGUGGACCUCACAGAUGAGCUAAAGGUGCACGUUGUAAAACUUCAGAGUUGCCAAAAAGAAGUGGCAAACCUUCAGGCUCAGGUCGUGGCAAAAAGCGAGACUGUAUCGAGCACCGAAAACAUGUACUUUGCUGAGCGGAAGAAUGAAGAAGCGGAGCUGGAGAAAUGGACGAACAACACUGAAGAUUUGGUGCGGCUGUUGAAUGACAAGGAAGGCCAGAUUGUUGGAUUGAACACUCGGUUGGCUCUCUUUGAGACAGAACUCUCCACCCGACAAAGUAUUGUUUCAGAUCUAACAGCAAAGGUUAGCGAGCGCGGCACUGCCUUUAAAACCCAAAUCAGCUCUUUGCAAAAUGAGCUCAAAUUUCAACGAGAACAGCGAGACCAUUGCUUAGAAGCAACUCUUCACAUGAACAAGUCGAUGAAAGAAGUUAAGGAGCCAUGCGUUGGAUUGACGACAAGACUUGCUUUGUUCCGGAAGGAGCUUGCGGGAAGGGAAGAACGUGUGAGAAUCUUGGAUGCCCAGGUUCGCGAUAAGAUGGAGGCCGAACGCUUCGAGAUUGAUCCGAUGCGAGAGGAACUCGAGCGACUACGAGAGGGCAAGGAUAAGUGGAAUGACUCCACGUUGGACAUAUUCUGGAUGCUCAAGGAAAGACAGGACCAGACUGUUGGCCUGACGACUAGGCUCGAGCUCUUCAUGUCGGAGUUACAGAGGAAAGAAGACGCAGUUGACGAAGCAGAAUCUAAGCUUGCCGAGACCGAAACUGGUCUCGUCCAGAUUGCCAACAUGGACAACGAAAUCAAAGUACAGGAAGAGCAGAGGGAAAAGUGGCGCGAAAGCACUGAUGAGAUUACUCGGCUGCUGGAACAGAAAGAAGGAGAGAGGUCGGCCGAUUCCAUCAGUCUUUCGGCAAAGCUCGAGCUCUUCAAGGGGGAGUUGCAACGCCGGGAAUCAAAAGUUCAAGAACUCAAGGCAACAAUGCAACAUAGAGGCGAACGCUUGAGGAACGACAAUGCUGCCCUUGAGAAGCAGAUUCCUGUUCUGAAGGACGAUCGCGAUUCCUGGAUGGAGAAAGCCAUGACCAUCAACCAAACUCUCAAGGACACACAAAACGAGUGCACCGGCUUGUCAACUCGCUGGGAGCUGUUCAAGGUUGAGCUCAAGAACCGAAAGGAAGCUGUUGCUGAAUUGGAAACCAAACUGCACCAGAAAGAGGAGCACCACGCAAGGAUGGUGAGGCCGUACCAGAACGAGCUAACAACUCAGACUGGCCUUCGUGACAAGUGGGUCGAAACCAUCGACAAGAUGGAACGGCUUCUCAAGAAGAAGGAAUCUGAGUGUGUCACGUUCACAACUCAGCUCGAGACUUCCAUUGAUGAAUUGUCCGGCAGAAAGGAGCAGGUUGCCCGCCUGGAAAAAAGCCUAGGCCUAGCCGUUGAAAGAGCUCAGAUUGAGAUGGGGAAUCUGAAGUCACAGCUCACGACAGCAACCGAAAGUUUCACGAGCUGGGAUGCUAGUACCAAGAAUGUGGCAAAAAUGCUCAAGGAUAAGCGACAAGAAUGCGAAAACCUCAAGGUCCGCUUGCAGGUCUUCCGUCGUCAAGUUGAAACCCAAGACCGCCGCCUUGCUAUGCUCGAGUCUGCGUACAAAGCCAAGAGCGACGACGUGAAUGCACAAAUGGAAGCUCUCCAGAACCAGCUGCGAUCACAGCAGUCGGCGCGGGACCAGACUGUCAGUUCAACGCUCAGUAUCAACCAGCAAAUUAAGGACAAGGAGAUGCAGUGCACCAGUAUCUCGGUGCGUUUGUCUUUGUUCCGCACCGAACUAGAAAAUCGAGAGAAAUGCGUGGCGACAUUGGAAGAGAAGCUGAAAGAAACCGAAGACUUGUCUACGCUUCAAAUCGAUCCCGUCAAGGCACAACUCCAGCAGCAAACAGACGAGUUGGCUAAAUGGAUUGUCAACACGAAGGAUGUUCAUGCGCUGUUGAAGAAGAGAGAUGAAGAGCGUGUGGGUCUUGCCACCAGGUUGAAGCUCUUCCAGCUACAGCUGAAAGGAAUUGAAGAGAGCGUUGCGAUUCUAGGGGAACGUGUGAAAGAGAGAGAAGAAGCUGCUUCAUCAGAAAUGGCGCCAUUCAAGAAUGCUCUCCAGGCCCAACAAGCGGAACGAGACCGCUGGACGGCUUCAACACUCGAGAUUGUGAACCUCUUGCAGGAUCGAAAGACCCAAAUCACUGGACUAACCGUCCGGCUAUCCCUCUUUCGCAAAGAAGUGAAGCACCGAGAACAUGUGGUUGCGAGAUUGGAGAGCCAACUCGAGGAGAAGGAAUCUGAAGUGAACGAUUUCAAGCUCGACCCUAUCAAGAAACAGCUGGCUGCGCUGACGGCUGAGCGUGAUCAGUGGGCGGCCAUGACAGAAAACUUGACCAAAACAAGAAAAUCCAAACAAGCCGAAAUAAGCGGAUUGACCACUAGGUUGGCCUGCUUCAAGAUGGAACUUCAGAAACGCGAAGAGGCCUGCAAUGUUCUGCUGAAGAAGUACAAUGACCAGAAAAGCCUCAGUGGAUCGCAGGUCCAAGUUCUCAAGAGCGAACUGGCCAUGCAGAUGGAGCAGCGUGACAAGUGGCGUGAGACGACAACCGAAAUGAGGAAGCAGUUGGUAGAUAGAGAGGCACAGGCUGUCGGCUUGAACACUCGUGUUGAGCUGUUCCUGAAGGAGAUCGAGGGCCACGAUGCUACAAUUGAGAGUCUCAAGCAGAAGCUAAAGGAGAACAGUGCUGCGAUCGACGAGGUGAAGGAACUGAAGAAGGAAUUGCAAGUGCAACAAGAGCAUCGCGACACCCUCAGCAAAUCAAUGGAAGAAACGGGCCAACUUUUGAAAGAGAAGAAGGCGCAGUGCGCAGGGUUGGCGACGAGAUUGGUUGUGUUCCGUCAGCAGUUGAAGGAACGUAUGGAGCGCUUGAACAAAACCGCGACGACGAUCAAAGAAAAGGAGGAGCUUACAAAUGCUCAGAUCGAGUCUCUGAAGAUCGAUUUGCAAUCUCAAAAAGAACAGCGCGAUAAGUGGUCUGAGACAACGGAGGAAUUGAAGAAGCUCCUUGAAGAAAAGGAAAAGCAAUGUUCGAUCAUUUCAGCCGAGUUGGAGCUUCUGACCAAUUUGCAGGGUGCAGCAUCAUAAAAAAGGAAGCUUGUCGUCGUCGUCGUCGUUUGGUUUGGGUGAGUACUGUCGGCGACCAAGGGAAAGGAAAACGAGACCUGUGGCGGCUUUGCAGGGAGCCCGCUUUUGGGGGACGGCUGUGUCUGAGAGUAAAAUGCACCAGCAUGGGUAUGAGCAGUCCUGUUGCCCCAGAUUUCUGUAGUUUACCAUAUUGUAUUGUUGAGUCGAGUCUAUUGUCGUCAGCUUGUAUUCUGCGUUUCACGUGUGGUUCUGUUGUACAUCAUGGUUGCUUCUUUGCCUCACGAUGGCUUCACGAACGAAUUCAUGAUCUGGGCACCCACAACUUCGCCAUCGUCCUCCGUCCGCUUGUUGGUCUCCGAAAUGGUUUUGGUCGGUCUUUCGU